CUAUUUUUCUGAGUGCACAACAAUUACAGAGUGCUCUGUGGAAAUGAAUGCUCAAUUUAUGAAAUACUUUGCAACUAUUUGCAUAGCUUCAACUGUUUUGAACACACAGGCUGACUGCGCUGCUAUUGGGACAAUGGAGACUGUGCUUCAGAGAGUCCGAAGAAUGACUCCUCUCUGGAGGUGGAUCACUUCCAGGCCCCUUGGCUCCUCUUGCAGGAGCAAUGAGGAGUGUAGCUCAAAAUAUUGCAGAAAGAAGCGCUGCAGCUUGACUGUCUAUGAAGUAUGAAAUUCAAACAACGUGUUUGUAAAGAAUCACAGAUGUAAUAUAGACCACUUUGACCAUUGUAUUUAUGUAAAUUAUUUAUGCCCAAUCUUGCUGUGUAAAUUAAUUGAUAACCAAUGUUCUCCAGUAAAUGUAUUGUGUACAAUGUUGACUG